AUGAGCACCACGUUUCUGCAGACCUCUUCCUCCACCUUUGGGGGUGGCUCUACCCGGGGGGGUUCCCUCUGGGCUGGGGGAGGUGGCUUUGGUGGGGGGAGUCUCUACGGGGGUGGUGGAAGCCGCAGUAUUUCAGCUUCUUCUGCUAGAUUUGUUUCCUCGGGGUCAGGAGGGGGCUAUGGGGGUGGCAUGAGCUGUGGCUUCGGUGGGGGGGCUGGUAGUGGUUUUGGGGGUGGCUUCGGUGGAGGGUCUGGUAGUGGUUUUGGCGGAGGCUUCGGAGGUGGCCUUGGAGGUGGCUUUGGUGGGGGUUAUGGCGGCGGCUUUGGUGACUACGGUGGUGGCGAUGGUGGCCUCCUCUCUGGCAAUGAGAAGAUCACCAUGCAGAACCUCAACGACCGCCUGGCCUCCUACCUGGACAAGGUGCACGCCCUGGAGGAGGCCAACGGCGACCUGGAGGUGAAGAUCCGUGACUGGUACCAGAAGCAGAGCCCCAGCAGCCCGGAGCGGGACUACAGCCCCUACUUCAAGACCAUUGAGGAACUCCGGGACAAGAUCCUGGCAGCCACCAUUGACAACUCCCGCGUCAUCCUGGAGAUCGACAACGCCAGGCUGGCAGCGGAUGACUUCAGACUCAAAUAUGAGAAUGAGCUGACCCUGCGCCAGGGCGUGGAGGCCGACAUCAAUGGCCUGCGCCGGGUGCUGGACGAGCUGACCCUGGCCAAGGCCGACCUGGAGAUGCAGAUCGAGGGCCUGAAUGAGGAGCUGGCCUACCUGAAGAAGAACCAUGAGGAGGAGAUGAAGGAGUUCAGCAGCCAGCUGGCAGGUCAGGUCAACGUGGAGAUGGACGCAGCACCUGGCGUGGACCUGACCCGCGUGCUGGCCGAGAUGAGGGAGCAGUAUGAGGCCAUGGCAGAGAAAAACCGGCGGGACGCCGAGGCCUGGUUCUUCAGCAAGACAGAGGAGCUGAACAAGGAGGUGGCCUCCAACACAGAGAUGAUCCAGACCAGCAAGACGGAGAUCACAGACCUGAGGCGCACAAUGCAGGGGCUGGAGAUUGAGCUGCAGUCCCAGCUCAGCAUGAAAGCUGGGCUGGAGAGUUCGCUGGCAGAGACGGAGUGCCGCUAUGCCACGCAGCUGCAGCAGAUCCAGGGGCUCAUUAGCAGCCUGGAGGCCCAGCUGAGUGAGCUCCGCAGCGAGAUGGAGUGCCAGAACCAGGAGUAUAAGACGCUGCUGGACAUCAAGACGCGGCUGGAGCAGGAGAUCGCCACCUACCGCAGCCUGCUGGAGGGCCAGGAUGCCAGGAUGGCUGGCAUUGGCACCAGAGAAGCCUCCCUGGGAGGUGGUGGUGGCAAAGUUCGCAUCAACGUUGAGGAGACAGUGGACGGGAAAGUGGUUUCUUCUCGCAAGAGAGAAGUCUGAAUGCCGGGUGCAAGAGAGAUGUCCCUUAUCAUCCCACACUCCCCAGGCUGAGUGGAGGACUGGCCAGAGGGGCCAGAAGAGCAAACCCCAGUCCCUGCUUUCAGAGGGUCCACUUCUCCUUGUUGGGUGCUUGGCAUGCUCCCCCCUCCAACUUUCCCCAUCUGCUUUAGAGCAAGGAUGGCCAAGAAGCAGCUGUCUUGUGUAACAAGCUCAUUUGUACCAUGUCUGUCUAUGCAAUAAAGAAUUGCUUGGCCUUUUGCAAAUA